CGUCCUCGUCGCCGGCGAAAGCGGCCGCCACCAGACCGAACACGCAGCGCAGCGGCCAAAGGCAGUCUCCGGCGCUCGGUCCAGUUCGCCCUCCGCCGUCGCACGGCCAAGUACGUACGCAACCGCCAGUGCCGGUGGCGUCGCGACGCACGUCGUUUCGUGUCACUCGUUUACCCGACGACGUCGAGUUGCACCCGCCCCCGCGGACCGGGGGCCACGCGGCUGCUCUUUCGCGCGUCUUUAACUCCCGGAUACCCGAGCCGUGACAUUCCGCCCCCUCGGAAUUCGUCAGUGGAAGGAUAACGAGACGUUUUCAUGUCGGACAGUUGAGUUUUGGGAACGACAUUGAAGGGAAAGGUGAAGAACGAUUUCUUUGAAGUUUCUUCUUUUUGGAAAGGGAGGAAGAAGAGAAGGGGAGAGGGAAAAGGAGUAGUGACAGUCUCCGGAUCGUGGAUCGAGAUCGGCGAAAAAGUGGCGUAAGUUCCCUUGGGAGGAAGAGAGGAAGAGUUCAGAGGGAGGAAAAGGGAGAAAGGAAGGAGAAGGAAAGGCUGCAGGCGACGGCGGUGGUGGCGGCGACGGAGGACGGGGGAGGCGGCGAGGUGAACCGGAACCGGAAAUGGCUGCGAGGUGGCUGCUGCUGCUGCUGGCGCUCCUCGCCGCCCACGCCGCGGCUCUUCCUGAUUUCAUUAGGAUAGGUGGGCUGUUUCAUCCAUCGGACGACAAGCAGGAAGUGGCCUUUCGCUACGCCGCGGAAAAGAUCAACGCCAACCGGGACAUUCUGCCCAAGUCUAGACUCAGCGCUCAGGUCGAAGUGAUACAGCCGCAGGAUAGUUUCCAUGCUUCGAAACGAGUGUGCCAUUUGCUACGAGGCGGGGUGGCGGCGAUUUUUGGACCGCAGAGCGCGCACACGGCGUCUCACGUGCAAAGCAUUUGCGACACCAUGGAAAUUCCGCACUUGGAGACACGUUGGGACUACCGACUUAGACGACAAAGCUGCCUCGUCAACCUUUAUCCUCAUCCCACCACUUUGUCCAAGGCGUAUGUCGAUCUGGUGAAGGCCUGGGGGUGGAAAAGCUUCACCAUUAUCUACGAGAACAACGAGGGACUCGUGCGAUUGCAAGAGCUGCUGAAAGCUCAUGGACCUAGUGAAUUUCCUAUUACAGUGAGACAGCUGAGCGAAGGAUCGGAGUAUCGACCGCUACUAAAACAAAUCAAGAAUUCCGCGGAAUCGCACAUCGUGCUGGACUGCUCCACCGAGAGAAUCUAUGACGUAUUGAAACAGGCUCAGCAGAUUGGAAUGAUGAGCGACUAUCACAGCUACCUUAUCACUUCCCUGGACUUGCAUACCGUCGACUUAGAAGAAUUCAGGCACGGCGGGACCAAUAUCACUGCCUUUCGAUUAGUGGAUCCGGAGAAGCCGGAAAUCCAGAAGGUAAUCCAGGACUGGAUUUAUGGCGAGAAGCGCUAUAAUCGCGAGCUCGAUAUGGGACAGAACAGCAACAAGAAUAAUCUCACUACUAUAAAGACUGAAACAUCCUUACUGUACGAUGCCGUCCAUCUCUUCGCCAAGGCAUUGCACGAUCUUGAUACGUCCCAGCAAAUCGAUAUCAAGCCAUUAUCCUGCGAAUCAACCGACACCUGGCCUCAUGGAUACUCACUUAUUAACUACAUGAAAAUCGUGGAAAUGACAGGACUCACGGGUAUUAUCAAGUUCGACCAUCAGGGUUUCCGUUCUGAUUUUGUCCUGGACAUCAUCGAAUUGAAUAGUAAAGAGGGCUUGAAGAAAAUCGGUACUUGGAAUAGUACUAAAGGUAUCAACUUCACGAGGAGCUACGGCGACGUUUACACUCAAAUCGUCGAAAACUUGCAAAAUAAGACUUUUAUCGUGACGACCAUACUGAGUGCGCCGUACUGCAUGCGGAAGGACUCGAGCGAGAAACUCACCGGAAAUGCGCAAUUCGAAGGCUACAGCGUCGACUUGAUUUACGAGAUAUCGCGGCUGCUUGGAUUCAAUUAUACGUUCCGGCUUGUGCCGGACGGACAUUACGGCUCGUACAGUAAGCAGACGAAGGAGUGGGAUGGGAUGAUGAAGGAGCUGCUUGAUCAAAAGGCCGAUCUCGCGAUCGCCGAUCUCACCAUCACGUACGAUCGGGAACAGGCUGUCGACUUUACCACGCCGUUCAUGCCUCUAGGGAUCAGCAUACUUUACCGCAAACCCAUAAAGCAACCGCCGAAUUUGUUCUCGUUCCUCAGUCCUCUUAGCCUCGAUGUUUGGAUCUACAUGGCGACGGCUUAUCUCGGGGUCUCUGUGCUCCUCUUUAUACUCGCCAGAUUCACGCCGUACGAAUGGUACAACCCGCAUCCGUGCAACAAAAAUCCGGAUCGCCUGGAGAAUCGCUUCAAGCUCCUUAACUGCUUGUGGUUCACCAUUGGCUCCCUAAUGCGGCAGGGUUGUGACAUUCUGCCCAAGUUCAGCCCUUACGAGUGGGAGAACUCCCAUCCGUGCAACGGGCAGUCGGAGGUCCUCGAGAACGAGUUCACCCUACUGAACUCGCUCUGGUUCACCAUAGGCUCGCUCAUGCAGCAAGGCUCCGAUAUAGCUCCGAAGGCCGUGUCAACUCGCAUGGUCGCAGGCAUGUGGUGGUUCUUCACGUUGAUCAUGAUCUCCUCUUAUACGGCUAAUCUCGCGGCUUUCCUCACCGUUGAGAGGAUGGAUUCUCCAAUCGAGAGCGCCGAGGAUCUCGCUAAGCAGACAAAGAUCAAGUACGGCGCUCUCAAAGGCGGCAGCACGGCAGCCUUCUUCAGGGAUUCCAAUUUCUCGACGUACCAACGCAUGUGGUCCUUCAUGGACUCGGCGAAGCCGACGGUAUUUACGUCGAGCAACGUUGAGGGUGUGGAUCGAGUGAUCAAGGGGAAAGGCAGUUACGCAUUCCUGAUGGAAUCCACCUCCAUCGAAUACGUAAUCGAGAGAACCUGCGACCUCACUCAAGUCGGUGGUCUCUUAGACUCAAAAGGAUACGGCAUAGCCAUGCCACCAAACUCACCAUACAGAACAGCCAUAAACGGGGCCAUCCUGAAGCUCCAGGAGGAAGGGAAGCUUCACGUGCUAAAAACGCGCUGGUGGAAGGAGAAGCGAGGUGGCGGAUCCUGCAGGGACGACACCUCGAAAAGCAGCUCGGCGGCGAACGAGCUCGGCUUGGCAAACGUCGGUGGCGUCUUCGUGGUGCUGAUGGGUGGCAUGGGUGUCGCCUGCGUGAUCGCGGUCUGCGAGUUCGUAUGGAAGAGCCGGAAAGUGGCCAUCGAGGAGCGGAAGCAGAAAUCCUCGGGGAAACCGAUCUGCGAAGGUUUUACUGAUCUGCACUAGCGACGGUACGCGCUGCGCUGCGAAAACAGAUUCUUAAACUCAAGCCGUACCUCAAAGCGUAUCCGAUCCGAGUUCAGUGGACCUAAGGAAGAACUCCAUCACGAGUGAUCGGAAAACUGUGUAAAGAUCGUAAAAUUAUAGGAACAAACUAAAUAAUCGGACAGGAGAAGCAACGAGCCUUGACCUUUCCAAUUUUCCUCCCAAAAUCCUACCAAAUAUCAAUUAUCUGGUUCGACGAAUUUGUUCGAGAUAUAUAAAUACUUCUCUUCGAAUGUCGAUUCUCAAAGGAGAACAAAAUGUUUAAUAUUCUGACGAACGGAUCGCUCGAUUUUGCUAGAAUUUCACGAUACAAUAUCAAAUUUCUUACGGUGAAUAUAUUAUUAAAGUUCGAUUAAGAACGACUUUUCAGUAGAAAAAUGUACGAUUAUUGCGACAUGUAAUAUAUGGAAUCCGAGCCGAAAUAUGGCAUAAAAGAAAGAUUGGAAAGGUCAACGUGUUUGCCAUUUGCUCAUAUCAAAACUUAGAUUAACAAAGACUUUAAAGUCUCGCAAUAGGAAAGGCCAGAUGUCCUUCCUCGCGAAGUUGUAAAUGUCUCGACCGACAUCAAAAUACUUAAAAAGGAAAAAAAGGAAAGAGCCGCGGUAUUUACAACCGAAUUAUAGUGCUGCGGCAAUGGACAAACUUUUAAGAACAAUCACAAUUUUAUACCGGCUAGAUAGAGUGAAUGUAUAGUGUGUACCAGAUUACAAGACGUUUUAUUGUACAUAAUAUGUAGCUAUCGAGCUAAUCAUUGCGUUCGUAAGUGUGCGCGGAGUCCGUUCGCCUCGCGAUAAUGAUAUACGCGAUAAUCGAAGGAGCAAGUGUGGAUACAAGGGAGAUAUAUCUUAUCAAAAUUAAAUUUUAUUCCUGCAUUAACAAUCCAUUAUUUUUUCCAUUACAUCAAAGAUACGAAAAAUUGAAAUUAUCAGCAAGAAUAAGUAUUCCUAAGUAAGUAAAUCUCGCUUGAAAUUAAUUGAAGAGUGAGAUUUUCUUAAAGUUCAAGAAAGUUGUUCUUGAAACUCAGAUGGAACUCUUUGAUUUUCGAUGGUAAAUAAUAUAUUUCCAUUUUAAUCUUCACUAAGAAAACGUUGACUUCGAAUUCAUUAA